CUUAUAAAAACACAAAUUUGCAAAUAUGAAAAUUUGACAAUAACAAUUGAAGAGGGAUACAUGAUAUCUGAUAAAAAGGAAGUCUUCGGUUAAAUUAUUUUCGUGAUAAAGAAUGCAGACAACGAAUCUGAAAGUAUAAUAUUAAACUGUAAGGAAAUUUAUGAAGAAAAAUAGAAGCGCUUGCGCUCGAUACUAACCUAUCGCAGUAGAAUGCGAGUACAAAAGUGCCCGACAUCCUUUCCAUGCUAAUAGGAACCUUUUACUAAACGUACAAGCCUAAAACCAUAAAAUAAUACAAAAAAAGUAAUUGUUAUAAACAAAUUCAACGACAAACGUCAAUAUUGUAUCUACAUUUCAUUAACCAAUCGUGACGAAAAACGAUAAUUAACGUAAAGGUUAACAUCUUUAGCGGCAAUAAAUCAAGAAAGUAAACUAACGGGUAAUUAACGGUAAAAUAAAAUUAAAUGACUGAAACAAUGUUAGAGGGUAGACAAACGUUUGUGCCCACCAAUUUGUUCUGGUUGGAGCCAGUGUCGUGGAGAGACGUGAGAAAUUUAUUUCACGAUGUCGUUCACUUAGACCCUUUGAAUUCUCCAAAGAUCAUUGAGAUAAAAUUAUGCAACAGAAUUGCUGAAGUAAAAGAAUGCAGCGUAGAAAAGUGUCGUUGAACCGGAUUUAUUCUGGUCAUUCAGUUUGGUGUUACUAUCAACGACGUUCCUGUCAUCAAGGUCGUGAGGUUCAGAGAAAACCUGACUGAUUCCGUCGGCCACAAAAUGUUGACGGAAAUGGUUCGACUUUCGUACCAGCACCGAGCGUUCUACUGCUAUGUUAUCCUCAGUGUGUGGAUCUUCCUCCUCGUUGCUGGUAUGUACAAAUACAUUGGCAUAGAUGAAAAAAGUUCUAUGCAGACUAGAGUUCUAGGAAAUGAUAUCUCCGUCAGAGAGUUCCCCAGAAAUUUAAAAACUGAUGUAAAAACUAAAAAAAUAUUUCAAUUUUGUAAUCCACCAAGUGAAAUUACAGCAGAAACAGAAGGAAAAUUGGAUGGAAAUUUAACACUAGGAGGGAUUUUAGUAUUUGUUCGACAUGGAGACAGAGGGCCUUUGGCUCACAUUCGAAAUAUAAGUAUAGUAAAUUGUGGUGGAGAUUUUAGUACUAUACCUGAAUUAGAAAGCUUGUACCAGAACUAUGUAAACUUUUUACAAAAUGUCUCUAGUUACUCCAGAACUGCUUGGGCACAAUUCUUGGGACCAUUUCAUGGUUUCCCUAUGUUGCCUAGCAAUUCUAAAGAUUGCAGAAUUGGUCAGCUGACAACACUUGGUAUUGGACAACUACUAAAAACUGGAAUCAUACUUAAAAAUGCUUAUUAUCAUAAGUUGAAUUUGGGAAAUGGUUCUAUAUCCAGCAAGGAUAUUGUUGUAUAUAGCACUAGGUAUCGAAGAACAGUCCAAAGUGCAGUUGCAUUAUUAUAUGCUCUACUGGAGACGGAUGGUUUCCAGAAUCUGGCUAAAAUCACUAUGCAAGAGAGUCAAAGUUAUGCUUUUUGUAACACAGAUUGUGCAUGUCCUGCUGCUGAAAAGUUCUUCAAACAACACUUAAAAGAAAUGUCAGAUCAUUUGAAAUCUCAUCCAGCAAUUGCCGAGUUAAUACGGCAAGCUUCCAAUGCAGUUUUUGAGAUUUCUGAUCAGGCCCAAAUGACAGAUCCCAAUACCUUAAAGGAUGCAUUAUUAACAUACAUAUGUCAUGGAGCUUCCUUGCCCUGUACUGAUUUUAAUACUCAAAAAGUUUGUGUGAAAACUGAACAUGUGACAGGCCUGUUUACUUACACAGAAUGGGAAUCUAAGCAAAUAGCAAAAAGUAACAGUCGCAGAAAAUAUGGAUUAUUAAGAGCAUAUGGACUACUUCGAAAUAUUGUUUCUUACAUGUUACGGAUUAUUUCCGAGGCCAAACCGAAGAUAGUUUUAUAUUCUGGUCACGAUAAAACAUUAGAAUACCUCGCAACUGCUCUGGGGAUUUUUUCCGACAAAUUAACUAUGCCGCAUUACGCUUCCCGCUUCGUAAUUGAAGUUUAUAGAAUAAAUCCAAAAAAUGAAAAUCAUGUAGCUAGUGAUUUCUAUUUCCGGGUAGUGAUUAACGGUAAAGAUUUCACUCAGAAAAUUCCAUUUUGUAAGAAUGCAAAUUUCUACAGCGUUAGUUAUAUCGAACACAAUGAAGUGGAAAAAAUGCGCAAAGAUUCAAAAUUAUGUCCAAUCGAGACUAUCAUUAGACAACUUCACGAUGAUUAUUUCGGACCAUUCAAUGCAACUAAUUUCAAAGAUGCUUGUACCAAUCAUAAACGUGGGUAAUGCAAAAACAGAAUAUUCUUAAAUUGAAUUCCACCCCGUACAAUUACAAUUGGUGUAAUUUCGUAACAACGUUGGCCGUACAAAAAUUUGUUUAACAUUCUUCUGUGAAAUCAAUGGGAUGAAAAUCAAUCGCAAAUUAUAUAUUGAGUGUCCAGUUCCACUAAA